UAGCGAUCACAGGCGAUCACAAUCGACGGUGACGUAGAGCUUCGAAUCUGGGCUGCGUAUCGUCUUGCACAACAAGAUAUUUCCAGGUUUCUGGUCUGCUCAGCUCAUUCUUUUCCUUUUCACCUACGUGUAUAUUGCACGAACAGCCUCCUCUCAGUAUCUCGCACCUCAGUCUGCCAAUUUCCUCGCAUCUCCCAUUCUGCCACCCACCAUGGCUCACAAGGUGCAGGAGACCAACAUGGACGUCGACUAUGUGGUUGUUUUCAGAGUACCAGACGACGACAAACAAACCGGGGCCGAACAAUUCCAAAAGCUCAUCCGUGCCCUCGCCGAAACUGGCCUAGCCACGGAGGUCCGACGCAAUGACGAGACGUCCUUGUUCAUCUUUGUGAAAGCCGCCGAUGAGAAGACCCUUACACAGGUGGUAUACAGAUCAAGAAUCAAGGACUGGCUACAUGGCAUCCGGCAGAUCCAACCCACCCAAGAUACCGCCCAGACACUCACCUCAGAACCAUUGACCGAAGCUGAAAGAUAUCGAAUGAUCCACCACAUGAUAUGCUGUCCGCGUGAGGAAGGUGGAGCUGGUAUAACACCCAAGCACGGCGAAUGGAAAGCUGUGGAAGCCGUCUUUCCUUUACACGAUCAUGCCAAGAACAAGAAAUGGUUGACCGAGUUCUCGCAAAAGACGUUUCUGACACCGGAAGAUCUGGACGAGGUCAGGAAUACUAUGGGUGAGAAGAUUGGCUAUUACUAUGCCUUCCUACAGACAUACUUCUCGUUCCUCAUCUUCCCUGCCGCUUUCGGAUUGUCCGCAUGGGUAUUGCUCGGAAACUAUUCAGCCAUCUACGCCAUCGUCAACGGCUUAUGGUGUGUCGUCUUUGUCGAGUACUGGAAACGUCAAGAGGAGGAACUGGCCAUCCGUUGGGGCGUCAAGAACGUUGGAAAAAUCGAAGACAAGAGGAGGGAAUUCAUCCCGGACAAGGUCAUAACCGACUCAAUUACUGGUGAACAGAUCCCAUAUUUCCCCUCAAAGAAACGACUGCAGCGACAACUCCUUCAGAUUCCCCUGGCCGCUCUCUGUGUCAUCGCCCUUGGAGCAGUCAUCUGCACCUGUUUUGCCAUCGAGAUCUUCAUUUCCGAGGUAUACAAUGGUCCGCUAAAGUCGGUCCUUGUGUUCCUUCCCACCAUCAUCCUCACGCUGGCCGUCCCUACGAUCACCAAUUACUUGACUCAAUUUGCCGAGCGCCUUACUUUCUACGAGAACUACGAAACUCAAGAUGCUCACGACAAGGCUAUGAUCUCCAAAGUCUUUGUCAUCAACUUCAUUACCUCUUAUCUGGGAAUCAUCCUGACGUCGUUCGUCUACGUCCCUUUUGCCUCUCUUCUUGUACCUUACCUCGACAUCUUCAGUCUGACGGUCCGACCAUUCGCCGAACACGAAAAGCAAUUUCAAACGCCUCCACCUGCUGCAUUCACGAUCAACCCCAACAGGCUCAAGAACCAAAUGAUAUAUUUUGCGGUGACGGCACAACUGGUCAACUUUGCUAUGGAAACUGUUGUGCCACUCGUGACACAGAAAGGCACCAAGAAGUACAAGGAGAUGCAAUCUGCUCGGGCCGAGAAAUCUGGCGGAGCAGCGCCUUCGAUAUCUGCAAACGAUCCUCCCGAGGAGAAGGAGUUCCUGACCCGUGUCCGGGAAGAGGCGGCCCUACCAGAAUACGACGUCACAAGCGACCUGCGAGAGAUGGUCAUCCAGUUUGGAUAUCUGGCCUUGUUCUCCGUCAUCUGGCCAGCGACGCCCGUGUCGUACUUUAUCAACAAUUGGAUCGAGCUGCGCGGUGAUACGUUCAAACUCACCAUGGAAAGUCGACGACCUAACCCUGCCCGCGCCGAUACUCUGGGCCCCUGGCUGGACAGUAUGGAGUUCCUCGCUUGGCUCGGCAGCAUCACCACCGCCGCUCUCGUGUAUAUGUUCAGCGGUGGCGACGGACCAGAUGGCAAGCCCCAUGCUAUUCGUCUCUGGGCACUUUUGCUCAGCGUUCUCCUUUCGGAGCACAUCUUCCUCGUUGUGCGCAUGGCCGUGCGCCACGCCAUUUCCAAGUUCGACAGCUCGGCCAUGCGCAAGGAACGCAGCGAGCGGUUCAUGGUGCGCAAGAAGUUCCUUGAGGAAGCGGGCCUUGCAGACGCCAUCAAGCCUGUCGCCUCGCCGCCCAAUAGUCCUCUCAAGACCGCGUCGGGUGAACAAGCGUUCACAAGCAUGAUCUCGAGGGAGAGUCUCGAGGAGGAUGCGAGAGCUGACAGUCUUACGACUGCCCGUCCGGCUGAUCACUUCUGGCACCAUCAGCGCACUUGGGCUGAGUCGGAGCGUGUUGGGAUUGGUAUGAUUGACCUUAUGGAUCUAAAGGGCAAGGGAGAGAAGAAGGCACAGUGAGGUAGUACGGCGGUACUUAGUUGGGAGUCUUUCAAAGAGAAACGAGUGGGAUGGUCUAUUCGUUCUAGGUCACGACAGUACUGGAAGACUGAUGACCAUGGAGGUCGUCUCUGACGCCACAAGGCUAUGACACGAGGUAUACGUAUGAGAUCAAUGAAUGAUGCAUGCAUUUGGCGGACCUUCUCCCACAACAGUGACAAUGUGGUGCUUCCUCCGUUCAAUGUGUCUACAAUGUCAGAGCCCAAUGGGGAGCCAUGUACGCCCUUUGACGGGCUUUUUGAUGG